AGAUUGUUCGGAGCAAUGAGAGUCGCAGAGAUCUUAGCUUAUUUCAUGGUUAUUAUCCCUGUUUUGCUAGUAAUCACUGUUAUCCUUGGACAUGACUCGUAUGAUCAAGGAAAUGGCUUUGCAGAAGCAUCAAGAAUCAUCCAAAUAAAACAGGAACCAAAUGUGACAUCAUCAGAUGAUUCAACAAUCCAGAGAGAUCAGAAACGAAACGAUUCUGUAGAUUUGUCUCUGCUUGGAGGACUACUUGUUUCUGGUUUCAAGAAAGAUUCUUGCUUGAGUAGAUACCAAUCUUACCUCUACCGUAAAGCUUCACCGUAUAGACCUUCUUCGUAUCUGCUGUCAAAGCUUAGAGCUUACGAAGAGCUUCAUAAGCGAUGCGGACCAGGAACCAAACCAUAUACCAAUGCAGAAAGACUGCUUAAACCGAAACAAACCGGUGAUUCGGACUCAGAAGGAUGCAAGUAUGUUGUUUGGAUGGAGUUUAGCGGAUUAGGGAACCGGAUUAUCAGUAUUGCCUCUGCAUUUCUGUAUGCAAUGUUGACGGAUAGAGUCUUGCUCGUUGAAGGAGGAGAGCAAUUUGCUGAUUUAUUCUGUGAACCGUUCCUUGAUACCACUUGGUUAUUACCAAAAGAUUUCACCUUAACUAAUCAGUUCAAUGGCUUUGCUCAAAACUCAGCUCAUUGCCAUGGAGAAAUGCUGAAGAGGAAACUGAUCAAUGGAUCUUCGGUUUCGUCUCUGUCUCAUCUUUAUCUCCAUCUAGCUCAUGAUUACAACGACCAAGACAAAAUGUUCUUCUGCGCAGAAGAUCAGAGUUUGCUAAAGAAUGUUCCUUGGUUGAUCAUGAGGACUAACAACUUCUUUGCACCGUCUCUCUUCUUGAUCCCUUCUUUCGAGGAAGAGCUUGGUAUGAUGUUUCCAGAGAAAGGAACGGUUUUUCACCAUUUGGGUCGUUACCUUUUCCAUCCUUCGAAUCAUGUCUGGGGACUAAUCACAAGAUACUACCAAGCUUACUUAGUCAAAGCUGAUGAGAGGAUUGGUCUUCAAAUAAGAGUCUUUGAUGAGAAAUCAGGAGUGUCUCGUCAAGUCACUAAUCAAAUCAUUUCCUGCGUUCAAAACGAGGAAAUAUUACCAAAACUAAGCAAAACAGAACAACACCACAAGCCAUCAGAAGACGAAGAAGAUGAAGACUUUAAACUCAAAGCUGUCUUGAUCACUUCCUUAACAACAGGAUACUUUGAGAUCUUGAAGACCAUGUAUUGGGAAAAACCAACUGUAACAAGAGAUGUGAUUGGAAUACAUCAGCCAAGUCAUGAAGGACAUCAACAAACAGAGAAGCUUAUGCAUAACAGGAAAGCUUGGGCAGAGAUGUACUUACUGAGCUUAACAGAUAAGUUGGUUAUUAGUGCUUGGUCUACAUUUGGGUAUGUAGCUCAAGGACUUGGAGGAUUAAGAGCUUGGAUUCUGUAUAAGCAAGAGAAUCAAACCAACAUAGAUUCUCCUUGUGGUAGAGCUAUGUCACCAGAUCCUUGUUUCCAUGCUCCUCCUUAUUAUGACUGCAAAGCGAAGACAGGAAUAGACACGGGUAAUGUUGUCCCGCACGUGAGACAUUGUGAGGAUAUUAGCUGGGGACUUAAGCUUGUUGACAACUCAUAA